AUGCCGGCCAAGCGCGGCCGAGCCAAAGCGGCGCCGCAGCCCCAGAGGCGCGAGACCGAGCUGGAGGCUGCCAAGGACAGACUUGAUCUCUCGAGUGACGAGGAGGAGGAGGAGUUCUCCGAGGACGAGCAGGAGCUUGAUUCCGAGGAGGAGGAGGACCUGCUGGACUCGGGCACGGACUCCGAGGACGGCGAGGACGAGGCGGGCGGCGGGAGGUUGUCCGCCAGGCAGCUUGGCGACAUCGCCAAGGGGCUCCGGGGCCGCGGCGGGGCCGCGAGGGCGCCGUCAGGCGCCUCGACGGAGGACCUCAGCGGGAGCGACACGGAGGAGGCCGCGAGCGGCAGUGACGAUGACGAUGACGAUGACGAUGACGAUGACAGCGGCUCCGAGGAGGAGGAGGGCGAGGGGGUGGAGGGCGGGGAGGGCGAGGAGGGCGAGGAGGCGGGUGCGGGUGGGAGUGCGCGUCCGAAGCGGAGAGAGCAGGGCAGGGAGCGCGAGAUGCCGCCUGCGCCGUACGCGCUGGUGGGGAGCGACAGCGACAGCGAGGAGGACGACGACAAGAACACGAUCGGCAAGGUGCCGCUGGAGUGGUACAAGCACGAGGACCACGUGGGGUACGACCGGGAGGGCAAGAAGGUCAUCAAGCAGAAGGAGAAGAGCAUGAUAGAGAAGCUGAUGGCGAGGGUGGAGGGCGGGAAGGCGUGGCGCACGCUCUACGACCCGUACAACGGCGAGGAGGUCACGUUGUCGUCGGAGGAGGUCAAGAUGCUGAUGCGCAUUCGCGAGGGCAAGUUCCCGCACGCGUCGGUGGAGAUGUACGAGCCGUACGUGGACUGGUUCACCAGGGACGUCAUGCAGGGGCCCGUCGUCGACAAGCCCGAGCCCAAGCGCCGCUUCGUCGCAUCCAAGCACGAGGAGAAGAAGAUCGUCAAGCUCGUGCGCGCCAUCCGCAAGGGGUGGCUCAAGACGGAGAAGCCCGCGGAGGAGCCCGAGGUGUACUUGAUGUGGGGCGACGACGGCCUGACGACGGAGAAGACCCCGACGGGCCUGACGUACAUCCCGCCGCCGCGACAGAAGCUUCCUGGCCACGAGGAGUCGUACCGGCCCCCGCCGGAGUACGUCCCCACGGAGGAGGAGAAGGCAGGGCACGAGCUCCUGCCCGAGGAGGAGCGCCCCUCGUUCGUCCCGCGCUCCUUCGACGCGAUGCGCAAGGUUCCCGCGUACGAGCGGCUCAUCAAGGAGCGCUUCGAGCGGUGCCUGGACCUGUACCUGUGCCCGCGCGUCAAGCACACCCGGCACUUCGUCGACCCCGAGUCGCUCCUCCCGAAGCUCCCGAAGCCGCGCGACCUCGAGCCGUACCCCAAGCACCUGUGCAUCCGAUACGAGGGCCACGAGGGCCCCGUGCGCGCGCUGCAGUGCGACGCGUCGGGGCAGUGGCUGGCGACCGGCGCGGACGACGGCGCCGUGCGCGUGUGGGAGGUCAGCACGGGGCGCUGCGUGAAGGUGUGGGACCUGGGGGCGGGCGUCGACGGCGUGGCGUGGUGCCCGCACCGCGCCGGGGGCAAGAUCCUCGCGGCGGCGUGCGGAAAGACCGUGCGCGUGUUCUGGUCCGGGGUCGGCGGCGCGGCGGCGAAGGCGGCGGCGGAGGCGGACCUGGGCGGCGCGCUGGCGGCGAGCGGGGCGGCGGAGGACGCGGGCGAGGACGCGGAGGAGGGCGGGGCGCCGGCGCGGUGGGCGAGGGACGCCGCGACGGGCGGGCUGCUGAUCCGGCAGAUGCACGACGUCGAGCGGGUGUCGUGGCACGCGCGCGGCGACUACAUGGUCACCGUCGCGCCGACGGGCAACACGCGCGCGGUGCUCGUCCACCAGCUGUCGCGCGGGGCGUCGCAGAACCCGUUCCGGAAGAACCGCGGCCGCGUCGUGGACGCCGUCUUCCACCCCGCGAAGCCCUUCCUGUUCGUGGCGACGGAGGGGUCAGUGCGCGUGUACAACCUGGCCUCGCAAUCCCUCGCGAAGAAGCUCACGACGGGCUCGGGGCAGGUCACCGCCAUCGCGGUGCACCCCUCCGGCGACCACCUCGUCGUCGGCGCGUCGGACAGCCGCGUCAGGUGGUUCGACAUGGACCUGUCGACAAAACCGUACAAGAGCCUGCGGUACCACGAGCUGCCGGUGACGUCGGUGGCGUUCCACGGGCGGCAUCCGCUGUUCGCGUCGGCGUCGGACGACGGGUCGUGCCACGUGUUCCACGGCAUGGUGUACGCGGACCUGAUGAAGAACCCGAUGAUCGUGCCGGUGAAGAUCCUGCGCGCGCACGCGGUGACGCGGCUGGAGGGCGUGCAGGCGUGCGCGUUCCACCCGUCGCAGCCGUGGGUGUUCUCCGGCGGCGCGGACGGGCUCGCGAUGCUGUUCGUCGAGUGA